UGUUCCAAACACAACUUAAAUCCUCGCAAGCAUUUAUAACAUUAAACCGAGGAUUAUCAGUGUAUCAUCUUCUGAUUUCCAGUAUUACUCAGACAUUUCACAAGCUUAAAGAUGCCGAAAGCUAAAAGAGCAAAGAAAAUUUCGUUGACCAAGACUGACAAGAAAGGUUUGCUGCUGAAACAGAAAAUUGUCGACGAUGUGAGGAGCUGCGUCGAGGAGUUCAGCAGCAUAUAUGUCUUUACAUACAGGAACAUGCGGAAUGAGAAGAUGAAGGAAAUCAGGCAACAGAUGAAACCGAGCAAAUUCUUCUUUGGAAAGAACAAAGUGAUUGGCAUCGGUUUGGGCAGGAACAAGGACGAGGAAAUUAGCAACGAUUUGCAUAAGCUGACUGACACACUGAAAGGCUCAUGUGGGCUGUUGUUCACGAACAGCAGUAAAAAGGAAGUAACAGGAUGGUUCGAUGGUUUCACUUAUGUGGAUUUCGCCAGGUCAGGGUUCAAAGCGAAGAGGACAGUGGAUUUGUGCGAAGGACCUUUGCCAGAGUUCUCACAUGCCAUCGAACCAUAUUUGAGGCAGUUAGGAUUACCCACAAAAUUAGAAAAAGGCGUUGUUACGCUGAUAAAGGACUACACCGUGUGCAAGAAGGGUGCGGUGUUGACACCUGAGCAGGCCAAGAUCCUGGAGUUGAUCGGCGAGAAGAUGGCCGAGUUCAAAUUGAUUUUGAGGGCUUGCUGGAACAAGGAAAAGGGUUUCGAGCAGUUGAGCACCGAGGAGGAAGACGAAGCCGAAGAAGACGAUGAUGAUGAUGAAAACGAUGUAGAAAUGGAUGAUUAGUCAUAGGAUUUUUUUAGUUAUUUAACUUUUGUUAGGUAUAUAAUAUAUAUUAUUUUGUUACCUAAAAUGAUAUAAACGAGAUGGAUCCGUUUCGAAUUUGAUUUUUAUAAAUAUAAUGAUAAUAUUUACAAGAGAAA